AUGGCGGCCCUCGCCGCCCUCUUCGCCUCCCCGGCCCUCCCCUUCCCCUCCACCUCCGCCUCCUCCUCACCGUCAUGCUCCUGCCGCUUCCGCCCCGCCGUCGCCUGCGCGCCGCGCCACCCGCCCGCCUCCCGCCGCGUCACGCGCCGCUUCGACGAGGUGGAGGGGGCGUCGAAGAAGCGGCGGGGCGGUGGCAUUGGCGGCGGAGGCGGCGGUGGCGGCGGAGGGGGCUCUCUGGCGUCGUCAACGCGCAAGGAUAAGGGGCUUUCCGUCGACUUCAAGGAGUCGCAGGUUGCUGAUUUCGAGGAUCUUGAAGAGGACAAAUUCCUUAAUGCUGUUGUUAAGGUCUACUGCACUCAUAUUAGACCUGAUUAUGGGCUUCCUUGGCAGAAGCAAAGGCAACAUUCAAGCACUGGGAGUGCCUUUAUGAUUGGUGAUAACAAACUAUUGACAAAUGCACAUUGCGUUGAACAUGACACCCAGAUUAAAGUAAAGCGAAGAGGAGAUGACAAAAAGUACGUCGCCAAGGUCUUAGCUAGAGGCACAGAAUGUGAUCUUGCGAUGCUCUCUGUCGAGAAUGAAGAGUUCUGGCGAGGUACAGAACCACUUCAACUUGGUCGUUUGCCAUGUCUUCAGGAUUCAGUAACUGUUGUCGGGUAUCCUCUUGGUGGAGACACUAUAUCUGUGACAAAAGGCGUUGUAUCACGCAUUGAGGUCACACCAUAUGCGCAUGGAACAUCAGAUCUUCUUGGGGUUCAAAUUGAUGCAGCAAUAAACGCAGGAAACAGUGGUGGACCGGCUUUUAAUGAGCAAGGGGAAUGCAUUGGAGUAGCAUUUCAGGUGUUCAGGUCAGAUGAAGCUGAAAAUAUUGGAUAUGUUAUUCCAACCACAGUUGUAUCCCAUUUCUUGAAUGACUAUCGGAAAAAUGGAAAAUACACAGGAUUUCCUUGCCUGGGCGUCCUACUUCAGAAAUUGGAAAACCCAGCACUGCGUGAAAGCUUGAAGGUGCCUUCAAGUGAGGGUGUUCUUGUCCGCCGGGUUGAGCCUACAGCUCCAGCCAGCAGUGUUCUGCGAAAGGGAGAUGUGAUAACAAGUUUCGAUGGUGUUUCGGUAGGAUGUGAAGGAACAGUACCAUUUCGGUCCACUGAGCGAAUUGCUUUCCGCUACCUCACAAGUCAAAAGUAUGCAGGUGAUGUUGCCCAACUAGGUAUCAUUCGGGGAGGCAACAUCAUGAAAGUGCAAACCAUUUUGCAUCCAAGAAAACAUUUGGUGCCAUUCAAUGUUGAUGGGGGUCAACCUUCUUACCUGAUAGUUGCCGGCCUUGUCUUCACGCCUUUAACAGAACCAUUUAUAGAGGAAGAGUGUGAAGAUACUUUAGGGUUAAAAUUGUUGGCGAAGGCACGAUACUCUCUAUCAACCUUCGAAGGGGAGCAAAUUGUAAUUGUAUCUCAGGUACUGGCGAACGAUGUCAACAUCGGGUAUGAGCACAUGGGCAAUCAACAAGUCAUAAAACUAAAUGGAACUAUGAUAAAGAACAUCCACCACCUUGCUCAUCUAGUGGACACCUGUCAAGACAAGUUCUUGACAUUUGAAUUCGAAGAUGACUUCCUCGUUGUUUUGGAUCGGGAAGAAGCAGAGGCCGCGUCAUCAGAUAUCCAAAAGGAGCAUGCCAUCCCCUCUGUAAGGUCAUUGGAUUUAUCUGAGCCCUACGUCGACACAAACCAUGAUGUCCAAAACCAAGGCGAGGAUUUCGGCGACAGUCCCGUGACAAACUUUGAACUGGGUGUUGAUUGUCUGCUGUGGGCGUGA